AUGAUGUCAGGACAAGAAAUGUUGGCUGCAUUGGCACUGACUGUGCUAUGGAUCAGAGCAGGGCUGGCCCAGGAGACCGAUUCAGCUGUGUCGAUUACGCAGUGCUCUGAUGGUUAUCGACUGGACCGCUCAUCGGGACAAUGCAGGGAUAUUAAUGAGUGCCAAACCAUCCCAGAUGCCUGCAAAGGGGACAUGAGGUGCAUAAAUCACAAUGGUGGAUACCUAUGCCUACCAAGGACUGCUGCACUCGUUUUGGCAAAUGGACCAUCCAACCCAACUUACUCCGUGUCUUCAGCAUCAAGACUCUCGGAAACACAAGGUUCAUCUGUCUACCAGCCAGUCUCCAUUCCCAGAUAUCCUGUUCCAUCUAGAUCCCUGAUCUGUCGUUUUGGCUACACUGUGGAUGAAAACAACAAUUGCGUGGAUAUUGAUGAGUGCACAGCAGGAACUCACCAAUGUAAUCCCUCACAGAUCUGCAUUAACACAGAGGGAGGCUACAGCUGUUCCUGCACAGAAGGCUACUGGUUAUCAGACGGGCAGUGUAUGGACAUCGAUGAGUGUCGCCAUGGAUACUGCCAGCAACUGUGCGCCAACAUUGCCGGCUCCUACUCCUGCCAGUGCAAUUCAGGAUUCCUCCUGAAUCCCGAUGGGAGGUCAUGCCAAGAUGUGGAUGAGUGUGCCGGAGAAAAUCCUUGUGGGCAGCAAUGCAUCAAUACUUAUGGUUCCUUCUUGUGUCGCUGUGAUACCGGAUAUGAAUUAAAUUCAGAGGGAAUGGGCUGUGAUGAUAUCAAUGAGUGCAGUUUCUCAGAUUUUCUUUGCCAACACCAGUGCGUGAAUGAGCCAGGGGACUAUUACUGCAUCUGCCCCAAAGGCUACACCAUGUAUGACGACAACAGGAGCUGCCAAGAUAUCGAUGAGUGUGAGACAGGUAACCACACAUGUACAGAAGAACAGAUCUGCUUCAACAUUCCAGGAACGUACAAGUGUCUGGACCCAGUGCAUUGCCAGGAUCCUUACAUACAGCUGAAUGAAAACCGCUGCAUGUGCCACAGGGACAACCUUGGGUGCACAGAUCAGCCAUUCACCAUCCUAUACAAAUACAUGGACAUUGUGUCGGGAAGGAGUGUCCCCUCGGACAUCUUCCAGAUGCAGGCUACGGCUCGUUUCCCUGGAGCAUACUACAUCUUCCAGAUCAAAUCCGGGAACGAAGGCAGGGAGUUCUACAUGAGGCAAACUGGGCCAGUCAGCGCCACUGUGGUGAUGACCCGUCCAAUUAGAGGACCUCGAGACAUCGUGUUGGAUCUGGAAAUGGUCACCGUGAACACCGUCGUCAACUUUCGAGGGAGCUCAGUGAUCAGACUGACUAUCUUUAUAUCUGAGUACACAUUUUAA